CCGAGAGAGUCCAUUUUUCUAUCCUUGUCCCAAUCGAGUUCGGUGCGAAUUGUGUAAACAUCUCGCCCGUGUAGAAUCACGAGCUACGAACGCAAAUAGUUUAUCAAACGUACCUAGUUCAUUCACGAAAACCGAACCGUAGAAGUUAGGCAAAACGAGCAAUGGCGGCCGCAGGAAGCGCAAACGUUUGCACAAUUUUGCAAAAGCUUGGCCUUAAACCGAUUACAAAGUCUAGCAUCCAGAAAUUUUACGUCCCGGCUUUCGGUGUUGCUUCGUACAGCGCAUUGUCGGUCAAUGUGAUGAAUCCAAAUCUUGUCAUCAGGGUAUUUCCAAAGAAAGACAUCACUAACAUUUUACUGAGUAGUGCUCUAAUUGGUAUCAGCACAUACAUAUAUUCCCGUGAACAUAUGAAUAAGGCUCCUACGAGUGUACGAAUUGCAUAUAGCGUUGCUGGUGCUGUAUUGCUGAGUUUUGGAUCGGUUUUAGUAUGGGCAGUAUUACGGUCUGUUGUACCACCUAAUCCUACAGUGUGUACAAUAACUGGUAUUGGUUCUGGUCUUGCAUUCAUCAAAGUUGGAUCUAGUUAUCUGAACUUUGUCGAUGAACAAGUACAAAAGAAGUAGAUUUGAUUCUCAUUAUUAACAUACCAUCAAUGUGUAUUAAAUGCAUCUAUACAAAAAUUUGCAAUAAUGUAAUGAAAUAGUGGAUUGAACCAAGAGUAAGAGAAAAAAAUGAAAAAAAAAAAAUGUAACGUUAAGCAAAGAAUUUUUAAAUGUCUACAAAUUUCUACAUUUUGUAUAGUCUUUGCUUCGUAAAUGGCAGAAGAUUAUGGGUCAAAAUGUGUUCAAUAUAAUCUUUAACUACUUUGUUUUUGUUCUUGAUUCGUUAUUGGCAAGAUCUGAUAGGUACUUCGUAGGCGCAAAAAUAUUAUUAGAAUUUACAUGGAAUGUCUAAAUAAUGAAAAGUGAUUUCUGUUAUUGCAAAAUAUACCUCACAUUAUAUAUUAGCACUGCCGUACACGCAUACGGAGUUGUGACUUAUGUAUCCAGUGACCAAAACUAUGGGAAAAGAACAAAGCUGGAUUUUUGAAUUUGAAGUGGCUUUAUAAUAUUUAUGCAUUUUAUAAGGUGUACAAUAUGCCUAUCCAAAUAAUUGAAUAGCAGUAGUAAUUGUGCUGUGUAUGUGCACAUUUGUUUGCAAUUGUAUUAAAUAUUGCGAAACAGAACAAAUUAAACGAUUUUGUUGCAAACGAAGAAUUACGUAUUAUAAUUAUUUUCGUAUAAUCGUAACUGUAACAGAUUUAUAUUUAUUGCUGUGCGUUUGCACGGUUCGUUGAUAAGAAAGUUGUUCGGAAUUAAUUUAAAUUUAAUUAAUGUGCGAUCUUACAAAUGCAUAGAAAAGUGCAUUCACCAAAACUGAAUAAUAUUGUAUCACUUGUAUAAUAAACUCUGUUAUUAAACACAAACUGAUGUAUUUAUCAGUAUGUUCGCAUACUACUAAGAAUGAGGAAAAGCAUCAUUGUUUUCUUAUCAAAGUUUUACAAUUUAUUAUUAAGUUUUGCAGUAGACAAAAUAGAGUUGUACAAUAGCGUAUGAAGAUAUUAUUUGCUGAAGGAUAAAUUGUACAUAGAAACCAGUCAUACCCUACAUUCGAAUAAUAGUACUCGCACAAUACUGUGUUUAAGAUGAUAAUAAAUAAUAAAAGUGUGAUAAUAAGCAUUCGAAAUAUGUAACAGUUUCUAUGAUCAGAUAACUCAAGUUUUGUGCAGUUUUAGUUACAAACUAAAUAGUUAUUCUACGGGAAAUGAUAAUGAACCUAUGUACGAUGUGUAUUUAGCUCUGAGAAGCUCCUGAUCUUAGUUGAUUAUGUAUCAUACACAAUAUCAAAGAUUAAAUUAGAUGAAGAACAUAUAAAUAUUGACAGGUACAAAGUAGA